CUGCGUUUGGGUUUUACGCCAUUUCCGGUCACGAGUGUGCCGUUUUGCUUUACGGCAUUUGUGACAACCCAGAAGUGUCAACUGCUGGCUGCAGAGUUGUUUGGAAUGACGGGCGAUUUAUUCUUCACAGCGUGAAGCCGAGCUAAACGCAACGUGAGCUAAGGUCCAGCCGGAGGGGGUUUUAAGCUGUCGGACGGAGACGGAGACGCGCGAUGGGAGCCGGGUCCGAUUUGCUUCACAGCGCUAGACACCGAGCUAAGCUAAGCUAAGCUAACCUGAAGCUAACGAAGCCAGUUUGUCAGCUUUCCCUCACAGGAGCAUGCUCUGAACUUGGAGCCGAAUUCAAUGUGACAUCGCGAGAUCUACUGUGUCGGCACCCUGGGUGCAGCGUUUAGAUGCAGACUUUCGUUGUUUAAGUGCAAAAUGUGGCUACAGCAGAGGCUAAAGGGGCUGCCGGGCCUGCUGUCGAGCAGCUGGGCGAGGAGACUCCUCAUCGGGCUGCUGCUUUUCCUCAUCCUGUACUGGUACCUAGGAGCCGAGCGGAGGUGGAGGUUCUUCGGCGGCUCGGCCAUGCCCGGUGGGGCCGCUGGCCAGUGUCUGCUCACCGAAAUUCACCGCUGGAAGUCUUUGGUGGAAAGAGGAGAAGGGAUUUACAGCACAGCUCAGGAACCCACCGACGCACCCUUUGUCACAGGUAACGGCCAUAUUCUGGUUGACAUUGACUCUAACAAACUGUGGGUGGCGUCGUCUUCACAGCCCGGCUCGGCCCCGGUCCACCAGACUGAAUACUCACCGAGACUCUGGGUCCAUCUCGAAGGCAAGCGAGCCGAGGCUCAGGCCAGCAUGCUGUGGUUCCGUAAAGGAUCCGUGCUGUCGGUCCGCUGCGCCUCCCCGUCCGCUCUGCAGUCUGCCCGGGACUGUGUGACCAUCAGAGAGGAGUUCAUCGCACACAGAAGCAGACCCAACGUCUAUCUGCAGCGAAUCCACAUCAACAACCCGUCUGACAGGGCCGCCUCCUUGGACGUCUCCUCGGACAAUCCCUCGUUUGGCAGCAAGUUCACCAGCAGCGUGGAGAAACUGGAGGACAAAGACAUAGUCCUGUCCUCCGGCAGAGUUCCAGUGGAGAACAAUCGCAUGCUGCUGGUGGUGGUGGUCACCAAGAAGCUCAGCGGCGUCAUCCAGGUGUCUGCUAAGUCCGAGUACACAGACAACAUCCUGUCUGUGGUGUGGACCUCAGAGCCCAUUGAGGCCUCCAAGCUGGACGAGACCUUCACGGCCCUCAGAGAAGGAGCCAAAAAGGAGCUGGGGGAGCUGCUGAGGUCCAGCGUGGAUGAGCUGGUUGUAGGUCACCAACAGGCCUGGGUGGACCUCUUCAUUUCAGGUGUUGAAAUGAGGAAGAUCACGGACUCUAACACCCCAUCGAGCCGCACGGUCAACACCACCCUCUAUUACAUCCUCUCCUCCUCCAUGGCGCCCCUGCUGGACCGACGGCUCGGCGGCGAUGAGCGGGCUCGUCUGGAGUCCAGUCUCAACUACGCCGACCACUGCUUUAGCGGCCAUGCCACCAUGCACGCGGAGAACCUGUGGCCAGAGCGGGUGAGCAGCACGGCUCAGAUCCUGCAGCUGGUCACGCUGUGGACCCUGACGCUGCAGAAGCGGGGCUGCAAGGUGCUGGUGGCAGCAGGAGCCCACGGGGCCAUGCAGGCCAUGGCGCUCAGCUUCGGCGGCCUUCAGUUCACCGAGAACCACCUGCAGUUCCAGGCUGAUCCAGACGUGCUGCACAACAGCUACGCCUUGAGGGGGAUCCACUACAACCAGGACCUCAUCAACCUGGCAGUGCUGCUGGACACGGAGGGGAAGCCUUUCCUCCACGUGUCCGUGAAGCAGCAGGAGAAGCCGGUGAAGCUGUACGCCUGCGAGGCCGGCUGCCUCAACGAGCCCGUGGAGCUGACGUCGGAGGUCAAAGGUCACACCUUCCCUGUGAUGGUGACGCAGCCCAUCACGCCGCUCCUAUACAUUUCCACAGACCUGCGCCACCUGCAGGACCUCCGCCACACCCUGCACCUUAAAGCCAUCCUGGCCCACGAAGAGCACAUGGCCAACAGAUACCCAGGCCUGCCCUUCCUCUUCUGGUUUAGCGUGGCGUCGCUCAUAACUCUCUUCCACCUUUUCCUCUUCAAGCUCAUAUACAACGAGUGCUGUGGCCCCGGCGCUAAGCCCCUCUUCAGGAGCAAGGUUGACAGCAAAAGUGAGGAUGGCUGCCAAGACACCAGGAGCUCUGCUUGAUCGCAUGCACACAUUCAACAUUCAGCUUGAGAUUAAGCGUGCCUUUUUCAUAUUGUUUCCACAAUGUGGUGGUCAUUUGUUUAUGACUGGGGUUUUUGAAGGAGUCAUUCUAUUUGGAGAUCUGCUGGGAAGAAGUGGGUUUUAACGUUUUUAUUAUAAUUUAAAGUUUUGCUGAUCAUUUUCUGCCGAGAACAUGAAGGGAGUUUUUUUCUAGUGACGAUUUCUUGAUCAGAUGUUGUGAUAUAACUAAGUUGCUCUUUAACCAGCUGAACAGUACAGUAAAAACUCUGAGUCUCAUUUUGAGUUCACCAUCUUUCAAAUAAUUUAAACAAUCACUGUACGAUUUGGAGCGGGAGGGCAAGGAUGGAUGGUGAUGCAGGCUUUCAUGCCCAUUGUGUGUUCACUGGUUGUUCGCACGAAACAGAAAGAGACCUGUUGAUGUGAUUGUUGUUUUAGGAAAGCUAUGAAAAUUGCUGCAUGCAGCAAACCCGCUAACUCAGCUAGCAGGGCAGACGCAUGCUGUGUUUAUUGUGCUGUUGGCAGCCGUGGGAUUUAUUCUGAACAGUUUCCGUUCCUUUAAUGAGACUUUAAUGCUGGUUGCACAGAUUUAAAGACAACUGCAGUCUGUGUUUAAAACCAAAGUGAGUCGACACAGUGAAGGUUGAGACCUGGUGAAUGACGGGUCCCAGCAUCAUCCACAUGUCUGAGGUGACUCCCGCUAUCGGUUAAAACCCAUGUAAUCACAACCUUCUUACUGGCACUGCCUCCAGAACGUUUCUUGCGAAGGCCUGAGGAUUUUGCACUUUCUGAAUGAUGCUCAGAAACCUGGAAGAUAAACCUCCGAGCAAAACGUUCAGCUUGAACUGGACUGUAGCUGUGCAGGAAUGUCUUUGCUCUUCCUUUUUGGCUCGUGUGAACUGCUGAGCAGUGUUGUGAGCAGAGAAGUUAAAGGAAGAGAUCCAGGUCAUGAAAAUCUGUUCCGUUACAGCUUAAUUCAGAACCAAAUCACCAGGAGUUCAAACUGUUUUUUAAGCUUCCAGGUUUAUUUUUGGUUUAGCGCAGCCCACUUCACAUGUACCCUGGUGUUUUUCUCUGUCCACACAUUCCUCGCUCGCUCAGCCCACAUCCUUCAUGGUUAGAGCUUAAUGCCAAGGUUUGUUUUCCCAACCAGUUAACCUCUGCCUACUGUGACAUUGUUUACUUUAAAUGUAAAAACCUAUAAAGAGCAGUUGGUGACGUUGUUUGCAGUCUAACAUGAUAAAAUCGUUUUUGGGCUUUAGGGAUUUUUCUUAAUGUUUCUGGAUCCAUCACUUGGGUAACGUUCACAUCACAGCUUUUUUGCUUCAACGUUAAAAUUGCAUGUGGCAGUUUAGGAUCAGACCACACACACACACACACACACACACACACACACACGUCACCUGUAAACAUGGAUGUGAACCAAAGAUGUGAAUAACCCAUCUGAACUCUGCAUUAAUGUGAUGUGAACGUAGCCUUAAUUUGUGUCAUCCUUGUCGGACACACUUGUGUGCAUGAUGCACUUGUAAAUUCAUGGGGCAAUGGUACCUUGAGAUUUGUUAGUUUUGAUUCAUUUUGUUUUAUGUGAACUGCUGAGUGUGCCUUAAUGAGGAAGACAAGUUAAUUUAUUCAGCUCAUGGCUGUGAAGCCAUAUAUGGGAUCAUGUUAAAUUAUUAGUUGUCCUGUAAAACAGAACCAGAACAUGUUUUCAUUUUAUUUUUUGUUGGGAAAAUAAAUCAUCUUAUUAUUGUGGGACAAUAUAAAAUGAAUGUUGUUUGUAAUUAAUUAAUUAAUUAAUUA